CGCACUUCCUGUUCUGCGUGCACGGUCUAGUCGUCUGGUACUACAGGGCAGCGCCAUAUUGACAAGAGGCGGCUGCUGUUUGCUGUGAAAUGUGUUUCUAGUGAGGGUUUGAGGUGUUUCGGUGUCGUAGUCGUUGCGAAUCGAUGGACCGCAGGUCGUGCUAUGGCUACGGUGUCGAUCGGUCGAGGGGCUAGUGUCGUGUAGUGCGCCGUCGGGAGCCCGUCGUAACCUCGCCUAGCGCCGUCGAGGGCAGCCGCCCUAAUCCCGCUCCGAAGGCCGUGGAUGAGGCUUCGGCAAUCCGCUUACUCUAACAGGAUCAGCUUCAGCCCCGCUAUAAGAGCAUGCCGGCCCGACCCAAGCACCACACCCAGCCGACCGCGAUGGGAACGCUCGCUCUCUAGGUGUGUGCAGGUCUAGUCGGCGUGGAUGCGAGCUAAGGGGCCCCCCCAAGAGCAUGACCAUGCAGUGUUGCCAGUCGGAUGAGGCUAGGGAACAGAAACGCAUCAACGCUGAAAUCGAAAAACAACUACGGCGAGAUAAGCGAGAUGCACGACGCGAACUCAAACUUUUGCUGCUUGGCACAGGAGAAUCUGGCAAAUCCACAUUCAUUAAACAAAUGCGAAUCAUUCAUGGUGCUGGAUACUCUGAUGAAGACAAGAGGGGAUUUAUCAAAUUGGUUUAUCAGAACAUCUUUAUGGCCAUGCAAAGCAUGAUUAAGGCUAUGGAUCUAUUAAAAAUUCAAUAUGCCGAGUCUUCCAGUCCAGGAAAAGCCGAAUUAAUCAAGUCAGUCGAUUACGAAACGGUAACAACAUUUGAAAAUCCAUAUGUAGACGCAAUUAAAGAUCUAUGGAACGAUGCCGGAAUCCAGGAAUGUUACGAUCGUCGUAGAGAAUACCAACUUACGGAUUCUGCCAAAUACUACUUGCAGGAGAUAGACCGGGUCGCAGCGCCCGACUAUCUGCCGACAGAGCAGGACAUCUUGCGUGUGCGAGUGCCCACCACCGGCAUCAUAGAAUAUCCAUUCGAUCUGGACGAGAUCAGGUUUAGCUAUCUUAGCGACUUGGAGCGAAUAAGAGCUCCUGAUUAUCUACCCACCGAGCAGGACAUCCUCAGGGCGAGAGCGCCUACGACAGGAAUCAUUGAAUAUCCUUUUGAUCUCGACUCCAUUAUUUUUAGAAUGGUUGAUGUUGGAGGACAAAGGUCCGAAAGAAGGAAAUGGAUUCACUGUUUCGAAAAUGUAACAUCUAUCAUAUUUUUAGUAGCUUUAAGCGAAUACGACCAGAUUCUAUUCGAAUCCGAAAAUGAGAAUCGUAUGGAAGAGUCGAAGGCACUCUUCAAAACCAUCAUAACAUACCCAUGGUUCCAGCACUCGUCUGUCAUUUUAUUUUUAAAUAAGAAGGAUCUACUUGAAGAAAAAAUCAUGUAUUCUCAUCUUGUAGAUUAUUUUCCAGAAUACGAUGGCCUCCAACGAGAUGCGAUUGCAGCUAGGGAAUUUAUUCUCAGGAUGUUUGUAGACCUCAACCCAGAUAGCGAAAAAAUCAUAUACUCACACUUUACAUGUGCAACAGACACUGAGAAUAUAAAGUUUGUAUUUGCGGCUGUCAAAGAUACGAUACUGCAGUCAAAUCUUCGCGAGUACAAUUUGGUUUAGGAGAAGAAAAUCGUGGUACGAGUCCGGAUCACAUCAGGAAUAAACCAAGGACCCCAAUUGUGAUGUUAUUCUAAUUUACUGUCGAUUAAAUUUAUUUGUGUCCAAGUGUGCGCUUAGCUUUGUGGCUGCGUUGGAGUAAAUCUAGUGCCAUUUUACUAGUAAUGGUGUCCCUCGAUGGAUUAAAGCCAAAGUGUUUUUUUAACAGACUGCGAAAGCAUUAUGACUAUGAUUCAUUACUAUAAAUAGUAUUGUUAUAUAUAAUAUAUUAAAUUAAUGUAGAAAUAGAAUGUAAGAACACUAAACUUUUCCCCCAUUAUAUUUGCAAAUAUUUUGAACAUGUGCAGUUCUUAAGAGGCCGUCAUAGCAGUUAAAUUCAUAGAUAAAAAAAAUCAUUUUCAACAAAAUAUGAUGCUUUUAUUUGCAUGAGUGUCGUCGUCUAUCAGUCAGAUUUUGUUAUUUAUCGCGAUCACUAUUUGACUGUUUCGACGGCAUUACGUAAUUCAAGACUGCCAAUGUCUAUGAAAGCUAUUUGCAGCGAGAGAAAUGUAUUUGGAAAGCGAUUAACUGGUCAUAAAACUGUUAGUGGGCUUUCUUUGCGUAUUGUUCCGUUAACUUACUAUACUAAUGGCAAAUUUAUAAACAUAUUAUAGGAGCUUGGUUUUAUGUGGGUAAAUGAGCGGAUGAUUGUUUGAAUGUUUGUGGCAAUAGUAAUUUGUAAAUCAUUUCUUGUCAAAAGUAUAGAUUUUUUCUGAA